AAUAGUUUAUUUAAUAGCAUCUGCAAUGGCAGCAAACAACUUAAAACAGAUAAAAUAUCAACAAAUAGCAUUUUGUGCUUAAAUAUACAAAAUAUUAAACAAUUCGUGAGCUUAGGACGAGCGAGAAAGUGUCUUGAACAUAGGCUAAGCAGCGUACGCACUGGAUUGAUGCGCAGCCAGAAUUGCAAACGCAUUGGCAAACGUAAACAAUGUGACUUUAAUUUUCCUGGAUGCUGGAAACAUUUAUAAUUAAGAUAUAUUAUUAAGUUGAAAGUUGAAAGCGUCUAAUAUACAAUACAGUCUUACAACUAUCUCAUUGAAAUCCAAAUGCUAAAUUAUGUCAAGUGACGAGGACAUGACGAUCAGUAAAAAACGUUACAGUGUUUUGCAGAAUCGCAAAACCUAUUGGUAUACAGUAAAUGAAAUCAAGAAUAAAUCCAUUUGCCCAAGCUGUGGCCGAUCCAUAGAAAAGUUUAAAAAUUUGACAGCGCAUGUAAAGCGUUGCUUUAGCAUUAAGAAAAUCGGACCCAUAUACAGACUACACGGCUAUGUCGAAUGCAAAUGCGGACUCCUGAUAGCUGACAAUACCAAGGCACAGAAACUACACGUAUGCAUGGGUGAAGUGCCGGCCUUUGAGCCAGAUUUGUCCUAUGUACGCAAGCUACCGGAGUCUGACAAAGAUCAGGUACGGAAUCAGGAUCACGAGCGGGAUCGAGAUCAUGAACGGGAUCACGAGGAGGAUCGUGAUGGAGAUCAGCAACAGGCGGACGACAAUCGCAGCCAUCAGCUGGAGCGCGAACUGCUCCAGCCGAAGCCUUGGAUACGCAACUUUGUCUCGCCUUUCAAACUAGAUAUAGAGAACAUCCAUGUCAACAGCAAGCCCGAGCCGCGAGUGCGCAACUUCGAUAUGCCCGUUAGCAAGCGCGAGCCGAAGAAUGUGAGCGUCUAUUCGAUUGGCACAAAUAAUGGCACAAUCUAUGUGACUGGCCGAACGUCACAAUCAGGCAAUCAAAAUGUGAUUUUGAUUAAGAAGCGAGCACUACGAUUGCCCCAGCUCAAGGGCUACAAAUGCAGUUAGUCAAUGAAUUGCAACUGAAAAGAAGAGUUUAACUAUUUAUUCUACAUGAAGCGCAUUUGGAACACAUAUUUUGUAAUUUUAAUAAAUAAAAAGAAUCAUUUAUUAUAUA